CUUUUUCCCCGUUUGUCUAAAGUUAAGUGAUAUUAAGGGAGAGAGGGGUAGAACAGGGAAAAACAUAAUCUAUCUCAAACGUUUCUUCCUUCGUUGUCACUCGAACCGAUCCCUCCCUCCCUUCACGACGCUGAUCGGUUGCAAGAUUCAAGCUUCAAAAUCCUAAUUUAUUUACCCACCACCAUCGUUAUUAGCUCAAAAUCAGAUCCGAGGAGUUCUUCAGUGAUCAUCAGAUACAAUGUCAGCUUUGUUCAAUUUCCAUUCAUUUUUGACGGUGGUGUUGCUUGUGAUCUGCACGUGCACAUAUCUGAAGAUGCAGUUCCCUGCCAUUCUUGAGCAGAAGACUGGGUUUCGAGGAUUCUUUUGGAAGGCUGCUAGAAUAGGUGAGCGUUUGAGCCCUUGGAUGUCCGUGGGAUGCUUCAUGAUGGGUGUGUCUAUCAUUUUCUUUUGAUGUCUCAACUUAUCACAAGUGUAGAUUUUACUUCUUUUGAGAUACCCAGUUUUCUGUAUGCAAAAAAGGUUUCGAUGAAAGAUUAGAGUGUUCUCUUUGGAUGAUGGGUUUGAUCUUUGUGUUGUUUUUAUGUGAAGUCUUAAGUCUAUAA